AACGACCGACAGUCCCGCCCUCCAGCACCCAACACUCAGCGACAUCGCAAACCCCACACACAUCCACCCAACAUGUCUCACGAGUCUGUCUGGUAUUCGCGUCCUAGGACCUACGGCAAGGGCUCCCGCGAGUGCCGCGUCUGCACCCACCCCUGCUGGUCUCAUCCGCAAGUACGGCCUGAACAUCUGCCGUCAGUGCUUCCGUGAGAAGUCCGCCGACAUUGGUUUCGUCAAGCACCGAUAAAUCACUCGCCAAAUGCGAUGGCUGGAGUAGUGAAGGCGUAACGGUGGAACGCGAUGAUUACCCGACGAUACAUUUCGGUUCGACUCGGCUCCCACGAGCCAAUAUACAUCGGGGGCAUGGAGUGAGAAAGCGUCGGGCAGUAUGAAUCUGCAUGGCUUUCAUUAUGCAUUGUUUCCUUACGGUUAAAGGAUGGAGGGGAUGCGUCAGGCUUUGGUAGCAAAAUAUCAACCUGCGUUCACGACAUAAUUUCGCUUUGCACUUGGACAGCAGUAUGCUCUAGUGAAUUGACUUGGCAGAGCGAGACUACACACGCGCCACCGACUAGACCUGUCA